UUGUCGACGGCGACAGCGGCAGCUCUGCACGGACGUCAGUUCGCGUCCCGCCACGCGCCAAACAGCUUUGUGGGAAGUUCGUGCGCCGCUCUGCAAUAAACUGCUACCGGUGCCGUGCGGUUAUACAAACGGUUAUUUUUUUUUCAAAAACACUUGUGAUUAGUUGAAAAAUAUUGAAAAUACAGUUUGUUCUGCGGGUAGUUUAAAAUUGUUAACUUUGUGCUACUAGUUACCUGAUUAGCCCCGAAACCAUUUGGAUUUUUUACAUAUUUUUCCUGUUUUUUUUUUUGUUUGAGGUAAUCCAGUAGAUAUAAUAAGAACUCAAAGAAUGGAGACCUCAACAAAAUAACCAGGUCAACUUAUUGAACAAGGAAAAUUUGCCAUGCAUCAUCAAGUGGCUCAUCCACAUUGGAUUGCAGCAGCCGUACAGCCUUGGGGUCUACCGCAACAAUUGGGACCGUCGCAAAAUAUGUUGGCAUUAGCCGCCAUGGCGCCAGCACCGGGAGCUACACCGAUCGCUUUUAUAGGGCUGCAUCCGCAUGCUCAUCCAGCUCCGCCACCUCCACCUCCGCCACUUGCCUCCACCGCGGCUACUAUGGCGCUCAUCAACCAGUUGCACGCGCACACCCAGCAAGAUCUCGCACACUUGUUGCUGCCCACUUUACAGGCUGAAGAAGAAUCCUUAUCAAACAAACGAAAAUAUCUAGUGGAUGACCGAAAUGACACUAGUAAAGAUUUAAAAAAAGCCAAAUUGGAGACUAAAGCAUUGAAGGCAAAACGACCUGGAUUCACUGAUGAUAGAUACAAUGAAACUUCGUACUAUAUUGAAAACGGACUACGAAAAGUAUACCCGUACUACUUCACGUUCACUACAUUUACCAAAGGUCGGUGGGUCAAUCAAAACAUACUAGACGUAUUUGCUAGAGAAUUCAGAGCACAUCCCGCAGAAGAAUAUGAACGUUGCAUUAAAUCUGGAUCCUUGACAGUGAACUAUCAAAAAGUGGAUACUACGUAUAAGCUAAAACACAACGAUUUAUUGGCUAAUGUUGUACACAGACACGAAGUUCCCGUGACUAACGAACCUAUUACCAUCGUACAUAUGGAUGAGGACAUUGUAGUUGUUAACAAACCUGCAAGCAUUCCGGUUCAUCCUUGUGGUCGUUAUCGUCAUAACACAGUGGUGUUUGUGCUAGCUAAAGAACAUAACUUGAAGAAUUUGAGAACUAUACAUCGUUUAGACAGACUUACCAGUGGUCUUUUAAUGUUUGGCAGGACUCCUCGGUACGCUCGAAUAAUGGAAUCACAAAUCCGCAAUCGUCAAGUAAACAAACAAUAUGUAUGUCGGGUUGAAGGCAAGUUUCCUGAACAAACUGUUGAAUGCAAUCAGCCUAUCGAAGUUGUCAGCUAUAAGAUAGGAGUGUGUAAAGUAUCAAAAAAAGGCAAGAGCUGUUCAACGACAUUCCAAUUGGUUGGCUAUAAUGAGGAAACUAACAUGAGUGUAGUGUUAUGUUUUCCACAUUCCGGUCGCAUGCACCAAAUUAGAGUUCACCUGCAGUACUUAGGCUUUCCCGUAAAAAAUGAUCCCUUGUACAACCACGUAGUGUUUGGGCCAGAAAAAGGUCGGGGUGGUAUCAUUGGCAAAACUGACGAACAACUGAUUCAUGAUUUGAUAAACAUUCACAAUGCUGAAAACUGGCUGGGUAUGGAUGGUGAUUCGGACUUGACUAUGUUACCGUUAAUGAAAAACGUCGAGUCCUGUGCACCUGCCACAUCUACAGAAUCAGAUGAAAAGAAAACUACACAAUACAAAGAUUUGAAUAAACUUCAAGAGUCAACUACGAGUAGUGAACAACAUCAGUCUCGGGAAGGCAAAACAAUACUACCAAUUGUAGACUCGAAAACCGCAAUUACACAACACAGACUAGAUUCAGGACUGAACGCAUCGACUCAGACAGAACAAGAUGUGCUAGACAAAGAAUACGAUUCUGAGAAGAUCACGUACGAUCCUCACUGCUACGAGUGUCGUGUUAAGUUCAGAGAUCCAAAGCCAAAAGACCUCGUGAUGUAUUUGCACGCUUGGAAAUACAGUGGGCCAGGAUGGAGUUACGAGACAACACUUCCAGUAUGGGCCAACGUUGACUGGAAAGAACCAAAUGACAGCAAAUCAUAGUCAUUCCUCAAAACUGUCAGUUACAGUUAAACACAUAUAAUUAUUUAAAUUGAAUACCGUUUAAAACUAUACACCGGAAAAUUCGUUCGUCGUAGUACAAUCUAUUUUUAUAAUUUUACAUAACAUCAUUUAUAUAAAAAAAAUUCUUAUGCACGUUUUUGACGGAUCACACAAUUAUUUUUUGAAUACUUAUUACAACAUUAAUUUUAUUUGGACUGUUUUUGGUCAUAACUUAUCUAUUAUGUUGCCUUAAACCUUGAAAAAUAUUAUCAAUAUAUAUGAUAUAAAUGAAUUAUAAUAAUUUAAAUAUUUGUAUUAAAAUUAAAAAAAACUAGAAUUACUAAUUUCAAUUAUAUCUAUUUUUUGCUGAAAUUGAACGAAUUUACCGGUAUAAUCAUAUUGUGUUCACUCAUAUAUAUAUUCAUAAGAGUGUUCAGUUUUUUUUUAAUUGUGAUAAAAAAGAAAAGUGUGUUAAUCUUCAUUGCGAUAAAUGUUGUAAUAUUUCUCCAAUUACUUUAUUCGUUGGAUAGUGUAUAAUUGAUAUGAAAAAUACUAUGACAAUUAUUAUCAAACUAUUAAGCUCUCCCGAACUUGUGUUUCUAUAUGUUAAGAAAAAUUAUUCUAUUGUGAAAUUUACUGUCAAGUUUGUUAACGUUUUUACCGCUGAAACGUUAAACUGUGUGUGUCAUGUAUAUUUUUACAGUAAAUCCGACGGCAAAACUUUUAUUUAGAAGAAGGAAAACUUUUAACAUAACAUUCAGGGUUUUUUUAUCGGUAAAUUAUUAUAUAUCACACGUGUACUAUAUAUGGUCUAUUUGCGUAAAACAAUUUGUCUAGUUUACCUAAUGGUCGAAAAUGAUGUGCUUUUUUAUGCUGUACGUAAAACUCAUAACACAAUAGUUUAACUAUUUAUUAUAAAAUAUAUUAAAAAUGCAAAUUCAUCUGUCUAUUUUUCACUGUUUGAUAUUGAACAUAAAAUUUAUCGACUAUAUUGAAAUGAUUUCAUUGUUGUAAUUAGCACUCUUUUUUAACUACAUAUUUAUUAUGUAUGAUUGUUUUUUUUUUGUUAGUAACUUAUUGUUGAUGGUAGUUAUGUUUUUUCAUUAGUUUUAAGUUAGCAGUUUCUACAGCGUCGCCUCGGGCAGCAUAUUUAAAGUAAUUAUAAUAUACUUAAGUUUUUUUUAUAAAACUUUAAUGAAAUUUAUAAUUUGUUGAACUUGUAAAAUUGGCGCGCGUGUAUGAAAUGAUUUGUUGUCAAUCUUGUUUUACCUUAAAUAGUCUGUUAAGCCAAUUAGUACCCAAAUAUGUGGUUUGUCAAAAAAAAAAAAAAAUUAUUGUUUUAUUGUAAUAUUAUAUAAAAAGUUAUAAUUAGUGGUAGUCAUUUCCAUAAUGUAGUGUUUACAUUUAUGAUCUUUAUUUUUAUUAUUAAUUCAUAAAUUUAUAAAUUAUAAAGUUUAUAUUUACCUAAGGCAAGCUGUUUUCGAUUGGUAUAAUCGUUUGCCGCACCAGUGAUUUAUUUUCCAAAUGUAAACCUAGGCGUUUAUUAAACAAUUUAAUUUUUUCCCUUA